AUGGGACCUUUUCUUGCAUCGAAUAGGAGUUUGUAUAUCCUUGUUGUUGUUGACUAUGUUUCAAAGUGGGCCGAGGCUAAAGCCUUGCCAACGAAUGAUGCACGUGUUGUCAUUUACUUUCGGAAACAACUUUUCUGUAGGUUUGGAGUGCCCAAGGCCUUAAUAAGUGACCGCGGAAGCCAUUUCGUGAAUCACCAACUUGCUAAGGUGCUAAAGAGGUACGGUGUCAGUCACCGUUUUUCAACCUCUUAUCACCUGCAAACGAGUGGCCAAGUUGAGAAUACUAAUCGGGCAUUGAAAAGAAUUCUUGAGAAAACCGUAGGAGACAACCCGAAGUCUUCGUCCACCAAGCUUGAUGAUGCUCUAUGGGCAUUUAGGACCGCCUAUAAGACACCGAAUGGGACUACUCCAUUCCGGUUGUUUUAUGGCAAGACUUGUCAUCUACCUAUAGAAAUCAAGCAUAAAGCCUAUUGGGCGCUCAAGAAUUGCAAUAUGGACCUAAUGGAAGCCGGUGAGUUAAGAUCUAUGCAGUUGAAUGAAUUAGAUGAACUUAGGUUGUAUGCUUAUGAUAACUCUUUACUUUACAAGGAACGAACUAAAGUUUGGCAUGACCGUAGGCUUAGAAAGAAGGAAUUUAAAGCCGCUGAUAAAGUUUUGUUGUUCCUUUCCAUGUACAAGUUUAAGCAACCCAAGUUGACAUCUAGGUGGACCGGCCCUUAUGUGAUCAAAUAUGUUUAUCCGUCUGGUUAUGUUGAAUUGUUUAAAUCGGAUGGAACUACUUUCAUUGUUAAUGGUCACAGGUCGAAGCUUUAUCAUCAAGAAGAGGAGAAUGUGGGAGUCGUCAUUGACGAGCUUCCAUAUUUCGAAAUAAAGCAAUGA